AUGGCUCGCGCGCUCAAUAAGGUUCAGAAGCAGAUAUCCAAGAAGCGAGGAGGCAAGCCUAACGCCUUACAUGAGAAUAGUCGAGAUGCAAAGCGCCUCCGACGAGCAGGGGCCAGGGAAGAGAAGCUGGCUCGACUGAUGGAUGCAGCAGUAAAGGCAAAUCAGGUCUAUGUCGACCGGGUGGCAUGGUUCAAGUCAGCCCUCGAGGGAUCUUCGGGCCCGUUGACAGACGAAGAAGUGCACCUCCUCACGCAAAGCUUUAUUGACCGUGAGGAUGAAGAACUUGCCGAAGCUAAACAGCAACGUCGACCCGGAAGACCGCCUACGAAGCAGGAAGAGAAAAUCAGCCAGCGAAAAGAAGUUGAAGAACGCGAAUUUCGUGCUGGGCUCUGGGUCCCUGAACUUCGAAACGAAGAAAGCCGACGUAAGGUUGAGAGAUGGGCUGGGGAGUGGGGUGGAUUGAACACGCUGGACUUUGUUCGCGUUAUUAAGUCGGGCGACAUCAAACCUUCCAGCUUCCCACCUAAAGCCCUUUCAUGAGAGGAAGUGCAUCCUCUGUACUGUCGGCUCUGCUCCGUCAUACAGAAUUGCUUAUGUCCCUCCUUCCAGGAUUUGGAUGUCUCUCUCGGCGCCUUGAUUUCACGCAAACAGUGUGCCAAGAUCGAUUAUACCAAUAUCCGUUGGGAGCGGAAUUCGAGCAUCGCCAGUCCACUGAUCGGGAGCAUAUUCGGCAAGCCUUUAUGCAUUACGAGCCUCUGACGUCGAAAUAUGCCAACUAGUUAAAUACCAUAAAUCAGCACCGCACCUGCCCGCUGGGUUCGCACAGCUUCUACCAAGUGGAGGACUCGGAUGUUCUGAGGUGGCAAAUGGCAGCCUUCUUUGGAGCAGAAGACGUUCUGGAAAACUCCUUGGGAUCUCCGCCGGCAGGGCGCAUUGGCUUCAGAGCACGAAGUCAGAGUUCUUACGAUAAGGGUUGAGUGCGUCGGAAAUUGACGUGGAUAGUAUUCUGGGGCGACCCGAUACUAGUGGUGGUUAUGUUGUUCGCCGAGGCAUCACAAGCCGCACAUGGUGAGUUCAAGCUACGAAUUGAACUCAUCGAUGCGCUGUACGGAUGUUCAGAUCAUCUGCUUUCAAUCCUUGUUUGAUUGCAGGAGAGGGUCAGACUCGGACACUAGACAGACUGGCAAGGCUGGCUGAUCGAGUCUCCUUUGGUUCUCCUCGUUGAUAACUGACUAGUGAGAAAGGCAUGUCACGUGGUAGCAUGACUCGUUCCCAAAAUUUAUGGUGGAAACUUUCUCGAACUGC